AUGGUGAAGCUGGCGUCGGCGCGAGAGGCCCGGACGUACGGGUCGAGAGUGUCGCGGCACCGGGCGGAGUACAUGAACGCGGGGCUCUACAUCUUCGCCACGAUCCUCCUCGCCGGCGGCUUCGUCGCGCAGUUCUCCGGCGAGCCUAGAUCCGGACUGGUGCUGCUCCUAUUGGGAUAUUUCGCGGUUAUAAUCGUGAACGUGCACGAUCUCUUCGCGCAUCUCGCCGCCGUCGAUUACCGGAUGUCGCUGAUGGAGUACGAUCUGCAGCUCGCUCUCGUCGAAUUCGCCGUCCCACUCGUUUACACCAUCGGCACUAUUCUCCUCUUCGUCGCCACACUUUUUCUCUUCGUGCAGGCAGAAAAAGGAUAUGGAUUGUUCAAAUUGGAGACGCAUGCUUUAAGAAUGCUCAUUGCUGGUCCGGUCCUGUGGCUGAUUGGAUCAAUCCAUAACUCAUGCCAGAUCUACGAGAGGUCGGAUGCUCAUAUUCAAAUCUUGCAAGAGGCUGUUCUCAUUCCUUUCUUGUUGGCGAGCGUGUUAUUUAUAGUCAGUGCAGUUAUCAAUUGUCUAGAACACGAUGCCGCCAUUCACCACGGCUUGGACUUGCUCGGCGAGACGUGCAUAUGGUUAUGCAUAAUUGCAAGUUUGACGCUCUUCAUUGGGGCGAUAGUGAACGUAGUAAAAGUGUUCAAGAUGCAACAGCAUAACAGGAUGAGACUAGAGAAGCUUCGAGGCGGAGCACAAGAGAGGCUCAAUGAGUUAAGAGAAGGGCACAUGCCACUCGUGUCGGAAGAUUCUAGAAGGAGGAGGAAGUCAGAUGCGCAACGCUCCAGCAACGAAACGGCAGGGGACUUGGAGAAGGGUCGAGCGAUGAAGCUUCCCACGCCUUACAAAGAUGUUCUUCUUUCUUAAAAGUGAGCAAAACCAUUUUUCUACUAUACUUUGGUAUUGCUAGCGAAAGACAUGAACAUUUCUAGAAUUGAUUUUGAAACAUGUAUAUUUCACUCUCAACUUACUUUUAUCCUUCAAUACAUGUAUACUUGUCUCUCUCUCACUCUAAGAGCGUCCUAUCGCCUCCCAAACGCAGCAUGCACCGGAU